AUGUCCUUCGAUUUAUCGGUGUAUCUCGUUACAGGUCGUGAACUGCUGCCACCGGGGAAAGACUAUUUGCAGAGCCUGGACGAGUCAUUGCGCGAUGGAUAUGUGUCGAUCGUACAAAUUCGUGAGAAGCAUGUUUCUUUCGAGGAAUUUUUGGCAGUAGCGCAAGCAUCGCUUGCUAUAUGUGAUAAGUAUCAUGUUCGCAUGAUGAUCAACGACAAUGUGGACGUAGCAGCUCUAUUACCUGAGCGUGUGGGUCUACAUAUUGGCCAGGAAGAUGCCAAGCUUGAAUACGCCCGGCAACGACUUGGUCCCCAUCGCAUAAUUGGCCUGUCCGUGCACAGCGUAGACGAGGCUCGUGCCGCGCUGGAUAGUGAUGCAGACUAUGUUGGUGUGGGCCCUUGCUGGCCAACGAAGUCGAAGGAAGGAGUCUCGGAUGACGAUGCUUUGAUGCUUCGCGGUGCUGCUGAUAUUCUAGCGAGUCUGCGACGUGACCCCGCGACCACUCCUCCGGGCAAGCGGACGCAUGUGCCGAGUGUCUUGAUCGGUGGCAUCAAUGUACGCACGGCCUUCCGAACCCUAUUCGGUGCAUCAUCAGAGCAUGCAGAGCCAGAUGGUAUUGCUGUCAUCUCAGCUAUCGUGUCGCGUCGAGACCCUGACGUUGCUGCGAAAGAAUUGCACAGUAUUGUGACGGCUUUUCGGCGUGUGCGACAAGAUACAGCCCCAUCCAGCCCGACAUUCCCAACGGAAUCCAAAGUGCUCAUCCAGUCUGUUCAAGAGCUUCUUAGGGCGUAUCAUACACGAUACGAGAGCGUAACACGAAAAGACGAUGCAUCUUGCGUCUCUUUGCCGCGCCCUCUCGUGCAUACCAUCACAUCACAUGUAUCAUCGAAUUUCAGCGCGAACAUGACGCUGGCUUUUUCAGCAAGUCCAAUUAUGAGUCAUGAGUACGAGGAAGUUGAGCCACUUAGUCAUGUGUAUGGGUCACUGGUUCUCAAUAUCGGCACAAUUUCACCCGACUCGCGUAAAGGCAUGGCACGCGCAGGUCCUGCCGCAAACAAUCGUGGAAAGCCUGUUGUCCUAGACCCUGUAGGUGUGGGUGCUACGCCUUUUCGUCACCGGACAGUGCAAAGUAUUCUGAACGAAACUCAGGUCACUCUCAUCAAGGGUAACGCAGCUGAGAUCGCGACGCUGUGUAAUUCGAAUGAUGCGCAAACACAAGGCGUCGAUAGUGUGGGAGAGCUUACUUCAGCACCCGUACUGGCCCGGCGUCUUGCGCGUCAAGAGGGCGCUUUUGUCCUGCUGACCGGCGAGGUCGACUAUCUCACGGAUGGCAAUGUGGUACUCGAAUCACGUUGUGGCACGCCGAUGCUGGGCCGCAUCACGGCAUCCGGAUGCUCGCUUGGAUGCGUCGUCGCUGCUGGUAUGGCAGCUGCUCAGAGCAAGUAUGGCAUCCAGCUUGGAAACCAAGUCGAGCAGCGGCAGUCUCCACCACGGCUGCAUCAUGAGCUCAUGAUUGGUGCGCUGGCUGGACUCCUUACUUAUACUAUUGCUGCUGAACGUGCAGCUGCUCUCCCGUCGGUGCGCGGACCUGGAUCAUUUAUACCAGCGCUUCUUGAUGAAGUUGCAUCGUUUGAUCCCGCUUGCCUUGAGUUGUACAAAGACCGGCUCACGUUCGCUUCACCAUAG